AUGCCUCAACUCCUGAGUAAUAGCAGUUCACAUGAACAGGCUGCUAUAUAUUAUCCACCAGAAGCCAUUGUCUCCAUUGCUAUCUUCAUCGUCAUUUUCAUCAUAGGUAUCCCGGGCAAUGGGUUGGUGAUCUGGGUAGCUGGUCUGAAAAUGAAAAGGUCUGUGAACAUUGUCUGGUUCCUAAACCUUGCUGUGGCUGACUUCAUGUGCUGCUUGUCCUUGCCAUUUUCCAUUGUUCACCUGGCCCUCCAUGAACACUGGCCGUAUGGUUGGUUCCUCUGCAAAGUCAUUCCGUCAGUCAUAAUCUUCACCAUGUUUGCUAGCGUCUUUCUACUCGUGGCCAUCAGCAUUGACCGAUGCCUCCUUGUGAUGAAACCUGUCUGGUGUCAAAAUCAUCGAACAGUGAAAUUUAUAUCACUAAUAUGCAGUGGCAUUUGGAUCCUGGCCUUCGUUUUCUCUUGUCCUGUCUUUCUCUACCGUGAGACUAGCACUCAUGAUGGCAAAACUGAGUGUGGGUACAAUUUUGGAGAUGACAAAGAUUAUAUGGAUGAUUCUGUAAAUGGGCUAUUGGGAACAUACUCACCUUCAGCCUACAAUGACUCGUGGGGAAAUUUCUAUGAAACUCAUGAUUAUUCUGUAUCCCUUGCCUCAGUGGUAAUAAACAUCACUAGGGCUGUCUUUGGCUUUGUACUCCCCUUUGGCACAAUGGCAGUUUGCUAUGCCCUUAUUGCUUUCCGAAUGCGUGCAAAUCAGUUUCACAAGCCACACAACAGGAUGCUGCGAACAAUUGUGCUUGUGGUAGCUGCAUUCUUCAUCUGCUGGGCUCCAUACCACGUAGUUGGGAUUCUCAGUCUUGUACCUACUCUUGGGACAGGACUGAAGGAGUCAUUGGUCCUCUGGGAUCACCUCUCUACAGCAUUUGCAUACGCCAACAGCUGCAUCAACCCCCUGCUCUAUGUUUUUGUGGGACAAGACUUCAGGAGUUAUUUGCAUGUGUCUGUGUUCUACAUCUCCUGUCUCUGA